GGGGCCACAAUCACCUGGGUCACAAACCUUCAUCAUGUGGCCCCUCUUUGGCAUACGUGCUCUUCUUGUAGUGACUGUUACCCUGAGCCCUGUGACAGCCGUGGCAUGGAGUGGAAAUGAUGCCACUGGAGAAGAUGUCUAUCCCCCUCUGUGGGACCUGGCCCCUGAAAACCUGCUGGAUUUCCCGAUAAAGGACAGCAAAAUUGUCAUCAAUGCUUGGAACUAUCAAGAUCGACUGGGAGUGUAUAAGAGCUUACUAAAUGCUUCAGCCAAAUAUUUUAGUGCCUUUGGAUCCCAAAACAGUGGCAAUAUUCUCUGGGGAUUACCACUGCAGCAUGGGUGGCAAUUUCGUACAGGUAGGUUAGCAGAUCAUUCUGGUGCGACUUCCUGUGGCUAUGAAAACGGAGAACUCAUGUGCCAAUCUGUAAGAAGCUGGUGGUCCUGUAUGAAUUACUAUCUGGCUAUUAUACCCUUUCUGGGGGCAGUGGAGGCUGGCCUCUUUGGGGAGCUGCCAUAUGAGAUAGAAAUAUUGCCACCAGAGGAGCAAAAAGAUGAUUUCUGUUACAGUGUUAAAGACUGCUGGUCUCGCAUGCCCAAGCUCAUGGAUGACUGGAAGGCCUUUUUUGAAUAUCUGUUAUCUACAGAACACAAAGCUCUGAGCUCUGCCAGCUUCUCCUCCUUCAAACUGGAUGAUGCCCUUGGCCUCAUGUGGAAGGCACACACCACCUCCAUUGCCUACGCACUGCCCAAAUUCCAGGACAGCUUAAAAUAUCUCUCUGGUCCAGAAGCAAAUUUUGGUGAAGACUGGGCUAGUGCUGUAGAUUUCAUUGCUGCCACACACUUCUCUACAGACUUCCCAACCACAAACAACUUCCAGGCUUUCCUGCCCCAGAGGAUGCUUGUUGAAGGAGAUGUCAUCCCAUUCAUUAGUGACUUCAGUCCAGAGCAAAAUAAGGUCCUGGUGGCAAUGAGAGCUCUUCACAGAGCAAAUAAAUUAACAGGAGGAUUGCUGCUGAAGCUCUGGCAAAAGGCUAUGUCCACCGAAGAAGGAAGAAAAAAGGGACGAGAACUGAUUGAAAGCUUGGCUUCGAGCCAGAAGCUCGAACUACUUGACCUAGAAGGAAUUUAGAAUUAUUUGGAAGGAGAUGAUUUGAAAGUUCCCUGUUCCUUGAGAAAGAGCGAUUCCAAUGUGGAUUGAUUUAAUCUUUUAGCAGACAUGUGUCUGGUAAUCUGGCCUUGGUAAUUUCUUACAGUAGGAUUUCCUGAGUAUCCAUGUGUGUCUCUCUCUCCUAUAGAAUCAAUACUUUUAGCCUUAAUUUUCCUAAUUGUCUAGUUUGUUUAACUCAAUUCCUUAUAAAUAAAAAGCCUCAUGGAAAAAUA